GUCCGUGAACUGCAGCAUAAAAAGCAAGCAUCAGUUACAGAAUAAACGAUGAUCGUUCUUUGCGGAAAAAAGAUCGAAUAAGAAGAGGUCUUCUUGCGAAGAAACAAACCCCAAGGGCCAAGACCGAAGGUCGUCCGCCCCGUCCGUUCGCGAAUGAAAAUCAGAGCUCCAUUGCUGGUGUAGAGUUGCACGCGUUCUUCGGCUCCAUCUUGGCUGUUCGACUACGCUCCCCCUUCCUGUCGGAUCGGAGAAGUUACGCCAUUUUGAUCAGAAGCAACAACGGGAGCUCGCUGGCUGUGAAGGUAACUGUCUCCUUUUCGCGCGCUUCUUCGGCCAAAUCCCGUAAAUCCGCCGAACCGAGGGAUUUAGUAAAUCCCGGAUUUAUGCGGUAAAUCCUUAAAUCCGGGAUUUAACGCGCGCACAAAAACCGUUUGGCUUGAUUUAGCACUAAAUCCAGCUUAAAUACCGCUGUAAAUCCGAUACCAAAUUGCCCUAAAGAUAGCAUUAUUGCCAUCCACCCAUCCAUAUAAAAAAGAAGGGAGUCCUUCGCCGAUUAGCCUGAGACGCCUUUCUCGCCUGCGAAACAAGUAGCUCUUUGACGGAAAAAUUGAUUUUAGAUAUGACCAAAAAGCUCCAACUUCCACAAAACCCACCAGCUCAGGAACCAUGUUCCAAAUCCAUUUAUCGCAUUCCCAAAAUCCUCACCGACGUCAACAGCCAUGCGUUCAAGCCCAAUCUCGCCUCCUUCGGCCCUUACCACAACAACUGCCACCAUUUCUACCCCAUGGAGGAGCAUAAACACCGUGCCCUCAUUCAAUUCCUCCGCCGCAUCGCUAAAGCCUCCAAAACCCCCAAUGACGUCCUCAUUGCCAUGAGAAGGGUGGAGUCCCGCCUCAUUGCUUACUACGACCGCCUUCAAGUCGAGAAGGACGAUGAGGACUGCUUAGAACGUUGCCGAUUCUGUUGUCGUGAUUGGCUUAAGGAGAAGGACCAGUUCCUCAAGGUUAUGAUUGUUGACGGCUGCUUCGCCUUAGAAAUCAUGCUAGCUGAUAAGAGAUUCGCCUCCGGGGAGCAAAGCGAAUACGACUCUCACGAUCCAAUUUUUGGAGUGGAGAGAAUGAUCGAAGUUGUUCCUCGUCUGAAGCGAGAUAUGCUUAUCCUCGAGAAUCAGCUCCCGCUUUUAGCGCUCACUACAUUGGCAACCAUCGAUGGAUCAGAGAUUGGAGAUGUGAAUACUCUAAUCAAAGAUUUCUACAACCUCUCUUCGGCUUCACCAAAAGAUCAGAUAAGCGACGAAUGCUUUCAUAUCUUAGAUCUGUACAGAAAAAUAUUAACAUCUGAGGGAGAGUACUUGCCGAGCUAUAAGAAGAAUAUACAGUCAGCCACAAAGCUCAAAAAUGCUGGAGUAUUAUUUUGUAAGAGCAAAACUAAUUCCCUUAGAGACAUUAGUUUCAAUGGCGACAUUCUAUCUCUUCCCCAGCUAGAAGUUGAUGACACCACUGAGUCAUCGUUGCUCAAUCUCAUGGCCUUCGAGCGCUUACAUGAGACUGCAGGUAACGAAGUGACAGCUUAUGUCUUCUUUAUGGAUGGCCUCAUCAAAACUGUUGAUGAUGUAGCUCUACUGAGAAAUGAGGAGAUUAUUAAGGGCUUGGUGCAUAGUGAUGAAAAUAUUUUCAAAAUAUUUAGUAAGAUUACCAAGGAAGCGACACUUGCGGGUUUGAUGGACGACAUAAUCGGUGUGAACAGUAAGUUCAAUACCUAUUAUAAGAAGAUGAUGCACUGGUGGAGAACAAAUUUUGUUGAGACAUAUCUUGAGAGUCUUUGGGUCUUCAUCUCACCAUACGGAGGUUUGCUUCUCCUGGCUCUCACAAUAUUUAAUACUAUGUGCACCAUAUUGCGAUAUUAUAAAGCAUAGUUAAUAUUGACAAAGCGUUGAGAGAAUUUUUAUGUAAUUUCAGUGCUUGAUUAUUGAUUAUCUUUUA